UUCAUUAAAGCUGUAACUACAAAACGUAAACAUGGAUGAUAUAUAAGAGUCAUGCAAAUUUGAAUUCGAUUCGCUUGAGUAUAAUGUUUUUGACCAGUUAAAUCAUGGUUUAUAAUUCUCGAGUACCGAAAAACAUAACCUUUUAGUGGACUCUGUUUGUUUCUAUUUAAACUAGCAAGAUUAUGAAAUACAUGUGGAUUGAUUUGUGUUUUGCUUAUUUAAAUAUGACAAAGACAAAACAUUGAAUAACGAUUAAUAUUGUGUUUCUUCAAGCGCUUUCUUUUGCUAUACUGUUUUGCUAUUUUGUUAAAUUUUAACUAUUGGAUGGGUAUAUUUGUCUUGUAUUAUUUAAGUCAUGUAUAUUAAUUUUAGGUUGUGAGCUGUCUUUUGGGUCAGAAAGAAGAUGAGAGAUAAAUAGCAUUUCUCAGGUGUUUUAAAUACAACCUCUUUCUCCAUGUCUAUCUCCAUCUCUCCCACCCAACUCCCUUAUCUUUUUUUUAAGUCAGCCUCCCUUAGAUAUCUUUAGGUUUCCAUGAAAAAAAAACCCAAGUAAUUUCCAUUGUUCCUCUUUUGCGAAGAAUAUUUAUUUUUUACAAAGCAAUAAUAACUCAUAUUAUUUUGAAAAAAACUUGUUAAACAUGCAUUCACACACGCUCUUACAUAUAUAAAUAGCUUCUCGUGGUGACGGUCUCACUCUAGGGUUUUUUCUUGUUGGUCUCUAUUCUUGGGUCUUUUUGUUUCCUCUUCUGUUAUUUAAAUAAAUAUAUACACUAAAAAGAGUAGUGAUUAUAUUAAAAAAUGGAGUCUGGAAAGAUCUUUGGAUCCGAUGAGGAUUCUCGCAGCUGUGAAUCUGGAUGGACAACGUAUCUAGCCUCGCUCUCUAAUGACCAUGACCAAGACUGUUACCAUGAUGAUGAUGGUGACGAAGAUAGCGAUGGUGGUGACUCAAUGGACUCUGAUGCAUCUUCUGGUCCCAUGGAAGCCACUGCAAAUCUCAAACUUCCUCAAGAGAUCGCCGAGCAAAACUCUAUAAAGAAAAAGAAUAAGAAGACUAAUGAAGAGAUGAUUUUGAUGGAGACUAGGGUUCACAACAACAAUCAUGAUGAUGGUGAUGAUCAUGAAUUUGAUGAUGAUGAUGAUGAUGGUAAUGAUAGCUACAGUGCAGUUCAUAGUUACGUUGGUUUUCGGUUAGACAAGAAGAACUAAUUUGAUUUUUGAUUUCAUGUUUAUGUUUACUUAAAUUUAUGUUCCAGUGUUUUCUAUUUAUAUGAUCGAAUGUUCUGUCCUCAUGUCGUUUACGUUUUUAGUUUUAAUGACGGAAAAUUAUUAUCUUCCUGCUAAUUAAUUACAUAUAUAGCCCAUUUGAUUACCACUGUUACUCCAGUAGCGGUGAUUAUAGUACUGAUACAGUGAUGAAGGUGAUGAUGAGGGUGACUAUGGUGAUGAAUGAUAAUGAAGUAGCUAGGGUCUCUUGAGAUGUACAUCAAUGCAUCCAUUAUGGGUUUCUUAAUGGUUUCCAUAGUACCCCAUUAUGCCUUCUUUCUAAUUUCUAUGUUCUAUCUAGCUAUAUUCAUUUUUCAUACUACUAGUCUACUACUAAUUAAAAGAAAUAUACUGAUUAUCUUCCCACGAAUAUUGUGUUGGUGGUUUUUUUAUUUUAUUAAUGUUAACUGAUAUUGUGUUGAUGUUGCUUAAGAAUUGGCACAGUUGUAUUUUGUAUGUAUAAGCUCGUAACCUAAUUAUUUCAGCAUGUGUAUAGACAAUUCAGGAAGAGCAGCUACACUCAUAGACGCAUUUUAGGAUACCUUUGUUUACUACAUUUCUUCGCAUUCAUGAGAAGUUUUUUUAUAUAUUAAUUAGAAACAAAUUUUUUUUGAACAUUAUUAGAAACAAAUUUACGACCAAAGUUUAAACAAAAACAAAAAUUUUACGACCUAUAACAGGAAAAAAAAACAGAUAAAAGUGAAUUGUUUGUCUAUUUUAUAGGGGGCGUUACAUAAUGCACAAUUCUACUGAACAACAUGUCAAAAGAUGUCAAGAACUCAAGUAGUCUUGACAUCUUUUAAUCAGUAAAAUCCUUUACACUAACUGGCUGAACAAAUGUCAAAAAAAUCUCUGCAGGUACAAGAAAUAUGAACACUUAAAAGAAAAAAUAGAAAAAUAUGUUGCAUAGAUUUGGUUCAUAAACUAUGGACACAUUACACAUACACACACACACGUGCACACAGUGUAAGUUGUAUAUAAUUGAGAUAACGAGAAAUAAAAUGAGAAACCAUCAUCUUUGGUUGUAGCUUAAGUACAGACAGGGAAACAUGUUUCGUGACCAUAAGGGACAUAUCUCUUCUGCACGUGUAUCUCUCUGCAAUUCAUUUUUAUUUUUUUGUCGUUUUACCCUAAAUUUUUUUGCGACAUUUGUUCACAUGCAUCCUCCUGCAGUAACUACACAACUACAAAUUGAUAGUUUGAUACCAACAUCGAAUCCCAAGAUUCGUUUCCCAAAUUUUAUUUAGGAUUUGAUCCAGAGAAUGUUUAGAAAAAACCUACGGGUUCCACUAUAUGGUUUAUAAUUCAAUUAAACAUAUAGGGUUUACAAGUGAAUGUUUUAAUAGAUGUAUUUAAAAACACUUAAAAUAUAUGGUUUUGAAACAAUACGAUUAUAGAGUGAAGAGUAUCCCUCCUAAGCUUGCUGAAGCUCACAGCACAGUUUUUGGCUCAGUAUGGGACCGGUUU